CGGCGGCCGAGGCCCAGGGGCCGCGCAGCAAAAGCAAGUCCAGCAGCCCUCGACAAAUCCCGGUGAUCGGGGUGGUGACCGAGGACGAGGACGCUCUGGGUGCUUUAAAGCCUAUGGACCUAAAUAGUAUCAUCAAACUCCUUGAAGAGACUGCUCAAGAUGAUUUAGAAGAAAAACAACUUAAAUCUGUCAAGACAUUGGUGCAGUAUUAUCAGAAUGGAUUUCCCCUAAGGGAUUUGGCACAGAUAUUUAAAAUUCUGAAUCUAUGUGCAGGAAAAAUUGAAAACCAGCCUCCUUUUCUAGAACCUGCCUAUAAUAUCAUAAAAUUAUGUGGCUUGCCAUUCUUGAAAAAGAAAGUAUCAGAUGAAAUAACAUAUGCUGAAGAUACUGCUAAAUCAAUCGCGCUUCUGGGUAACUUAAUGAAAAUACCAAGUUCUGAAUUGAGGGUACAAAUUUGUAAGUGUAUUGUUGACUUUUAUCAUGCAGAACCAUCAAAGAAGCAUAUUACAGGUUACCAGCAAGCUAGCUCAGCAUAUAAGAUUCAAAUGGCUGAAGUCGGAGGAUUGGCAAAAACAAUGGUUCAGUCAUUGGCCUUGCUUGAAAAUCAACUUGUUGAGAAACUUUGGGUACUUAAAGCUCUGCAACAUCUCUCAACUUCUGAAGUUAAUUGUACUUUAAUGAUGAAAGCAUAUGCAGCCAGUGGCAUCUGUGCUCACCUCAAUGACCCAGAUCCCUCUGGGCAGCUUCUGUUUCGCUCAUCAGAAAUACUUUGGAACUUACUAGAAAAAUCAUCAAAAGAAGAAAUCAUAAAACAACUUAGUAACCUGAAGUGUUUGCUAACUUUAAAGGAAGUUUUCAAACAUCUGUUUACAAGAGGUUUUAGUGAUUAUGACCGUCAGCUUAGAAACGAUAUAUUAGUGAUCACUACAAUUAUAUCUCAAAAUCCUGAAGCACCAAUGGUUGAAUGUGGCUUUACCAGGGAUUUGAUACUAUUUGCAACCUUUAAUGAAGUUAAAAGUGAAGAUCCUUUGGUAAAAGGUCUAAAGCUUUCUAAUUCCUAUGAAGAUUUUGAGUUGAAGAAAUUGCUGUUCAAUAUACUAGUGAUCUUAUGUAAAGAUUUAACUACAGUACAGCUAUUGAUUGAUGGCAAAGUUGUUUUGGCUUUGUUUACCUAUGUAAAGAAGCCUGAGAAGCACAAAAUCAUCGAGUGGUCUGCAGCACAGUAUGAAGAAUUACAGCUGCAUGCACUUGCCACUUUGUCAUCAGUGGCUCCUUUAUUAAUUAAAGAGUAUAUGUUGUGCCAGGGAAAUGCUCGAAUCCUGGCAUUUCUAGAAUGGUGUGAAAGUGAAGAAUGCUUCUUCAGUCAUGGUAACAGUUUCCAUGGCACAGGCGGCCGUGGCAACAAGUUUGCCCACUUGCGUUACACUUUGAGACUCCUGAGAGCUAUGAUCUAUCUUGAGGAUGAGACUGUGAAUCAGGAUCUUUGCGAAAAGGGAACGAUUCAGCAACUCAUAGGGAUAUUUAAAUAUACAACAAGCAAGAUUAAUGACAAGGAAGAGGCCAUUCUUUUGGAAAUUCAAUCUGAUAUAUUACUUAUUUUAUCUGCUCUUUGUGAAAAUGAUAAUUCCAGGAAGGAAAUUUUUGGAACUGAAGGAGUGGAUAUAGUUCUUCAUGUAAUAAAAACAGACCCCAAGAAGUUUCAGAGUGGAUUAGGCUAUACUGUUCUUCUUUUUAGUACAUUGGACAGCAUUUGGUGCUGCAUCUUGGCUUGUUAUCCCUUAGAGGAUUACUUUCUUGAAAAGGAAGGCAUUUUUCUCCUUUUGGAUUUAUUGGCAUUGGACCAAAAAAAAUUCUGUAGUCUAAUACUUGCAAUAAUGGUUGAAUUUUGUGAUAAUCCCAAAACCCCGGUUCACGUCAAUGCUUGGCGAGGGAAGAAGGACCAAACAGCUGCCAGCCUUUUGAUUAAAUUGUGGAGAAAGGAAGAAAGGGAACUAGGAGUACUACGUGAUAAACGCGGGAUGAUUAUUGAUACAAGGAAACCUCUAUUUACUAGUUUUCAAGUAGAGCAAAAAAUCAUGCCAAUGCCUGCUAACUGCCCGACCUUCGCAGUUAUGGAUGUUGCAGAAAACAUUAGAGCAAAAAUUUAUGCUGUGUUGGGCAAACUAGAUUUUGAAAAUUUACCUGGCCUCUCUACUGAAGAUUUUGUGACCCUUUGUAUCAUACAUAGAUAUCUUGAUUUUAAAAUUGGAGAAAUAUGGAAUGAAAUUUAUGAAGAAAUGAAAUUAGAAAACUUAAAACCGGUCACUACAGACAGACGUGUUUUGCAAGCUAUUUUAACGGCUUCAGAAAACGUUGGAAAGAUGGUUGCUUCCCUGCAGUACGAGAUGGUUGAAAUCCAAGCCCGCCAGGAUGUGCAAGAUGAACAAAAAGUAUACGCAAAAGUAAGCCACGGAUACCAUUGAGGCACAAGUUAAUUUCAUUGUAUGAACUAGUGGAAGUCCUCCAAGGAUAUAUUGCCUUACUUGUGAAUGUUUCAGCACUUGAAGUUAUUUGU